AUGUCGACUCUUCCGGCAGAGGUGCACACCGCGCUGGGUCAGCUGCUGGGCGGACUGCAGUCGACGGACAAUGGCAUUCGCACGCAGGCAGAAGAGGCGUUGAACACAGAAUGGGUUUCCCAGCGGCCGGAUGUGCUGCUCAUGGGCCUUGCAGAGCAAAUGGCAGGCUCAACGGAUGAAGGAACUCGCGCCUUCGCCGCCGUCAUCUUCCGCCGCAUCUCCACCCGAACCACGAAGGAAGCCGCUUCUGGCGAGAACAAGGAGAUUUUCCUGCAGCUCAGCCACCAGUCGAAGCAAUCCGUCCGGAGCAAACUGCUGGAGUGCUACGCUCGCGAAGACGCCAAACCCGUGCGGAACAAAUUGGCCGACGCUGUUGCUGAGAUUGCGCGCCAAUACACAGACGAGACGAUACCCAGCCCGGACGGCUCGCGAGAUACCUGGCCAGACUUGCUCAAUGCGCUCUAUCAAGCCAGCCAGUCUCCAGACGCAACGAUGCGAGAGUCUGCGUUCCGUAUUUUUGAGACAACACCAGGAAUCAUCGAGAAACAGCAUGAGGAGGUCAUCAUUGCGGUGUUCCAGAAGGGAAUCAAGGACGAGGACAUGAGUGUGAGGAUUGCGACUAUGACCGCUUUCUCGUCUUUCUUCCAGUCGCUCAACAAGAAGUCUCAACUCAAGUACUACGGUCUUGUCCCGGACAUCCUCGGAGUCCUCGUGCCUUUGAAGGAAGGCCGCCAGUCCGAAAUGUUGACCAAGGCAUUGAUGGCUGUUAUCGAACUUGCCGAAGUCGCUUCGAAAGCGUUCAAGGGAGUCUUCGGGCCGCUCGUGACAAUCACUAUUGAGAUGAUCGCCGAUAAAGAGUUGGACGAUCAGGCACGCCAGAAUGCGCUUGAGCUGAUGGCUACAUUUGCCGAUUACAACCCGAAGAUGUGCAAGCAGGACAAGAACUACAUCGAGUCAAUGGUAACACAAUGUCUCUCGAUGAUGACCGAUGUUGGUCAGGACGAUCCCGAUGCGGAGGAAUGGAAUGCGCAGGAGGAUGUAGACUUUGACGAGAGCGACUCCAACCACGUUGCGGGCGAGCAGACCAUGGACAGACUGGCGAACAAGAUUGGCGGCAAGGAUUUGCUACCACCAACCUUCACAUGGCUUCCGAGGAUGCUGCAGUCCGGCUCGUGGAAUGACAAGCACGCAGCGCUGAUGUGCAUUUCUGCCAUCUCCGAAGGAUGUGCCGAGAUCAUGGAGAACGAGCUGGAUCAGGUCCUUCAGCUGCUCAUGCCGACACUUCGUGAUGAGCACCCUCGUGUUCGUUGGGCAGCCUGCAAUGCUCUCGGUCAGAUGAGUACCGACUUCAAGGGCACCAUGCAGACCAAAUACCACUCCGUGGUCCUUCCCGCGCUGAUUGAGACUUUGGCCGCUCCCGAACCAAGAGUGCAGUCUCACGCAGCGGCGGCACUUGUCAACUUCUGUGAGGAGGCUGAAAAAGAGAUUCUCGAGCCGUACCUGGACAGACUUCUCACCAAUCUCAUGCAACUGUUGCGCAAUGACAAACGCUUCGUUCAAGAGCAGGCAUUGUCAACCAUUGCCACGGUGGCCGACUCUGCCGAGAGCACUUUUGGCAAGUGGUACCCUGAGCUCAUGCCAGCGCUAUUUUCCGUGCUUCAAGAGCCAAACGAGCGCGACAAGCGUCUUCUCCGCGCAAAAGCUAUGGAGUGCGCAACUCUCAUCGCUCUCGCCGUCGGAAAGGACCGCAUGGGUCAAGAUGCGCUCAAUCUCGUGCAACUGCUCGGAGGCGUCCAAGCGAACAUUGUCGACGACGAUGACCCGCAAGAGAGCUAUUUGUUGCACUGCUGGGGUAGGAUGUGCCGUGUUCUUGGUCAAGACUUUGUGCCUUACCUUGCGACCGUCAUGCCGCCGCUUAUGAAGCUUGCCCAAGCCAAGGCCGACAUUCAGCUGCUCGAUGAUGAGGAGAACGUUGCGCAGAUCGAGCAGGAAGAGGGUUGGGAGCUUGUGCCUCUCAAGGGCAAAUACAUCGGCAUCAAGACCAGCACGCUCGAUGACAAGUUCAUGGCUAUUGAGCUCAUUACGGUGUAUGCCCAGAACCUCGAGGCAGGCUUCGCUCCGUAUGUCAUUGAGAUCAUGGAGAAGGUUGCCAUUCCUGGACUGGCCUUCUUCUUCCACGAUCCUGUGCGCGUCGCAUCUGCCAAGGCCGUGCCACAACUUCUCAAUUCCUACAAGGUCGCAUACGGUGUCAACUCGCAAGAAUACCUCACUCUCUGGAAGGGCACCAUCGAGAAGGUGCUUGAAGUGCUGGAAACUGAGCCUGCCAUCGAGACGCUCGCGGAGAUGUACCAGUGCUUCUACGAAUCAGUGGAGGUGUCCGGCAAGGACUCUUUGUCCAACGACCACAUGGGCGUCUUCAUCACCUCCGCCGAGACCGUGUUGAAGGACUACCAGGAGCGUGUCAAGGAGCGCGCUGAGGAAGCCAAGGAGCGAGAAGAUGGCGAAGAGCCAGGCGAGGACUUCGAAUUCGCUGUCGAAGACGACCAGACUUUGCUUUCCGACAUGAACAAGGCGUUCCACACGAUCUUCAAGCACCAAGGACAAACAUUCCUCCCUCACUGGGAGCGGCUUCUCAACUACUACGACCUCUUCGUUACGAAUCAAGAUCCUACACAACGCCAAUGGGCGCUCUGCAUUCUCGACGAUGUCCUCGAAUUCUGCGGCCCUGCUUCGUGGAACUACUACUCCCACAUCGCGCAGCCGCUCGUUGAUGGUAUGCGGGACGACCAGGCUGCUAACCGCCAAGCUGCAUGCUAUGGUGUUGGUGUCGCCGCUCACAAGGGUGGUCAGCAGUGGGCCGAGUUCGCCGCUGGCAGCUUACCGAUUUUGUUCGAUGUCACCCGCCGACCCAAUGCUCGCAGCGAGGACGAUGCGUUUGCCACGGAGAACGCUUGCGCGAGUAUAGCCAAGGUUUUGCACUUCAACCACGCAAAGGUGCAGAACAUCCCCGACGUCGUCAACGCCUGGGUCGAUACGCUGCCUGUGGUCAACGACGAGGAAGCGGCUCCGUAUGCGUAUUCUUUCCUCGCGCAAUUGAUUGAUGAGCAAGCCCCGGCCGUCAUGCAAAAGGCCUCUCAAUGCUUCCAGUACAUCGCACAAGCCCUCGAAGCGGAGACGCUGCAGGGUCAAAUGGCACAGCGAAUUGUCGGCGCCGGUCGGAAACUUAUUGCUACUGCGGGUCUUGACGCGAGUGCGCUUUUGAACGGAUUGCCGCCAGAGACGCAGAAUACUGUGAGGACUAUGUUUGGUUGA